AUGGAUAUCAGGCAAUCAUUCAUCAACAGUAGGAAGACGCCAACAGCACAGAGCGAAACACCAGAUGAAUCGCUGGAAGAAGAGUACUACAAGUGGAAGAUACGGUGUCUAAAACGAAGACUAAGAGACAUUAGAAAGGAAAUGCAAAGGAUUGCAAAUAUCCAUGCCUUACAGCUCGGCAAUGAUGCUCAGCUUAAUAAACAGUAG